AUGGACACACGUGGGGACUUGCAGGGUUCCGGGGCGUCAGCAGGCGAGGACGAUGGGGGCGAUGAGGAGGCUUGCGCAGAGGACAGCAGCGAGGAAGAUGGGGGAGGACCUGAUGAGUACGAGCAGGACGACUUCCUGGUGGGAGAGGACGAGGAGUCGGGCGGCGGCGACGACGGCGCCGGCGGCGCGCCGGGCGCCGGCGGCAAGCGCAAGAAGCGCAAGCGGCGCAAGAGCGCGCGCGAGUACCCGGUGGAUGAGGAGGACUACGACCUGCUGGAGGACAACCAGGUCAUGGCCCGCCGACCGGUGCAGCAUAGCAAGCGCCUGAAACGGCGCGGCGACGAGCCGUGGCGUGUCAUGGGGGCGCAGCAGCUCAAGGAGAGCCUCUUCGGCGCCGGGGGACUCAGCCCCACCCUUGCUCGCAACCAUCGCCCCCACCUGCGAACUUCGCAGGACCUCCAUGACCUAGUGGGCAGCCACUGCGCCCUGGCGGCGUCACACGGGGGCGCUGACGCGGGCGGCGACAAGGGUGGGGACGAGACGGGGGAGGAGGGGCUGGAGGAGGGAGACGAGGAAGACGAGGAGGCGGCGGCAGACGCCAGGGAGGGGCGAGCAGCGCUGGCGCGUGAGCGGCAGCAGCAGCGGCGGCUGCUGGACGCGGCCGACCCCGAGUACGCGGCGGCGCACCACCUCUCAGCAGAGGACGAGGUGGGGGCGCGGCGCGCGCCUGCUUGGGGUUUUGGUUUUGUUGGACAGAAGCUGGGCCUGUGGGAGAGUGUCAAGAGCGGCUUGGAGCCUAUGGGUGUGAUGCGCUGCGUUGUGCUGGGUCGGCGCGCUGCCGCUGGUUUGGUGCCUCAAGGGGGCUGUUAG